GUGUGCUAUGAGACACGCUUUAGAUGUUUUUUUCUGGAAGCCCUGCCGCUACCCUAAAAAGUGAAUGUCUUGUAGAACAGACCUAUGGUGAAGCGACUUCCAGUCAUUUGGAAAGGAUGGGAUGAAAAGGAACCUUGGUGAUAAUUUUGAUGUCUGCAAGAUUUAGUACCAGUGUAAUGGGAUUAUCGGUAACACCUUCACUGCAGAAAAAGCCACCUGGCGCUAUAACUGGCAGCGACUGAGAACUAAUCCUUUCCCAUCUCUUGGAUGUCAUUCAUGAAGCUCAAAGCGAUUUCUAUCCUGCUAACUGUGAUUAAUUUUAUAAACAACAACAACAAAAAAUCAGGCCAAUGGUGGCAGAGUCUACAUAGAACUAUGCUUCGUGGUGUUCUGGGAAAAACCUUUCGACUUGUUGGCUAUACUAUUCAGUAUGGGUGUAUAGCUCAUUGUGCUUUUGAAUACGUUGGUGGUGUUGUCAUGUGUUCUGGACCAUCAAUGGAACCUACAAUUCAAAAUUCAGAUAUUGUCUUUGCAGAAAAUCUUAGUCGACAUUUUUACGGUAUCCAAAGAGGUGACAUUGUGAUUGCAAAAAGCCCAAGUGAUCCAAAAUCAAAUAUUUGUAAAAGAGUAAUUCGGUUGGAAGGAGACAAAAUCCUCACCAAUAGUCCAUCAGAUUUCUUUAAAAGCCGUAGUUAUGUGCCAAUGGGUCAUGUUUGGUUAGAAGGUGAUAAUCUACAGAAUUCUACAGAUUCCAGAUACUAUGGACCUAUUCCAUAUGGACUAAUAAGAGGACGUAUCUUCUUUAAGAUCUCUAAAAAUGUUUCUCUCAUACAACUUUUACAACCAUGUUUAUAUCCUGGGAAUAUAUAAAUGUGCAUUUGCAGAAGAGCAAUGUAGAGUCAAACUACCUGUAAUGGAGGUGAGUAUACUGACUAAUGGACUUAUGGUUGUAGUACAUAAAUGAUUCUUAGGAAAGAUUAUUGUUUUCACUGGCUCCUCCUUUAUGUCACAAUCAGUAAGGAGAAAAACAGACCUGAACACUUAGGGCUGUUGGCUAAUUUACACGGUUCUUUACACUUAAGCAUAUAUUCAAGUACUAGGUUUACAGUAACUUUGAGGGUAGUAAAGGAUAACACAGACACACA